AUGAAUGAGGAAAGGUCAUUUUGGAUGUUGCAUAUUAUUACCCAAAGAUAUCUUCCAGGAGUUCACGAGGUGAAUUUAGAGGGAGUGAAUAUCGAUCACGGUGUGUUGAUGAUAUACUUAAGACAAAACUUGCCCAACUUUUGGGAUAGGUUAUGUGUCAAUUUUGAUGGGCAACGUUGUGAUGAAUUUAUAAGUAAGCUACCGCCUAUCUCUCUUGCCAUAACUGCCUGGUUUAUGGGUGCCUUUGUGACUAUUCUUCCUCCAGAGUCAAUGCUCAGAGUCUGGGAUUGUAUGUUUUAUGAAGGUCCUCGUAUUCUGUUUCGCGUUGCAUUAUCUAUUUUUAAGCUUUGUGAACCAAGAGUUAAAGAUAUUUCUGAUCAAAUGGAAAUGUUUCAGUAUAUUCAGAAUUUCCCUAAAGGCUUGACAGAUCCCGUCGCAUUUUUGGAUAUUUGCUUUCGUCAUGUUGAAGCUAUUAAAGACGAUGACCUGAAUCGUACCAGAAAAUUUGUGACUGACAGGCGCAAGCUGGCCUUUUAUCCUCAGGGUCUGGGUGGAAAUGACUCUGGAAAUAGCUCUGACCUUCCUGCUAUCAGCGAUCUAGAUGCAUAUAGAGCUUUCAGAGCGUCAUCCAGCAAAAAGGGACUCUCGCUGAACUUCCAUCUCAAACACCAGUUGAGAGCCAUCACUGUCAAGAGCCGUAGACUGAGACAUUCCUCGUCGAUUCAAUCUGCCUCAGCUGCUACGUCGGAUGGCGGAUCGUUUGGUCGCAGGCUCACUUCAUUCCCCAAAAAAUCAAAGUCUUUGCGGUCUUCAGCCACAUCGACACACUCUUAG